UGAGCGCCCCUGGAGGAACAGAAAUGCCCCAUGAACAUUUACUAACUACGUACAGUAACAUUGGAGUACUUAAUCGGCCGUGGCUGAUAGUGAAACCAGGCGGAAAUCGAGCACGCACCGCCCAGACACAUGCCCGAUCAUCUAAAGAACGAGUUUAUGCAUUCAGCCGCACUGCAUACUUGAAGAAAACGCUGGUUUUGUUACUGUACCAGCAUGAACUCAGCCGGACUGUUGUGUGAACCCCAGCGGCCGCGGCACAGUCCUUUCCUGAUCGGGGUGAGCGGAGGAACGGCCAGCGGAAAGUCCACAGUGUGCGCAAAAAUCAUGGAGCUGUUGGGUCAGAAUAAGGUGGAUCAUCACCAGAGGAAGGUCACUAUCGUCAGCCAGGACAGUUUCUACCGGGUUCUCACUCCAGAACAGAAGGCCAAAGCUUUGAAAGGCCAGUACAACUUUGACCAUCCAGAUGCAUUUGAUACGGAGUUAAUGUGUCAGACGCUGAAAGACAUCGUAGAAGGAAAGGUGGUGGAGGUUCCUACAUAUGACUUCGUCACUCAUUCCAGGCUGCCAGAGAAGAUAUGUGUGUAUCCUGCUGAUGUGGUGCUGUUUGAGGGGAUUCUGGUGUUCUACACACAGGAAGUCAGAGACAUGUUCCACAUGAAACUGUUUGUGGACACAGACUCAGAUGUACGCCUGUCUCGCAGAGUUCUGCGCGACAUGAGAAGAGGUCGAGAUCUGGAACAGAUUCUCACACAGUACACCACGUUUGUUAAACCAGCUUUUGAAGAGUUCUGCCUUCCGACCAAGAAAUAUGCAGAUGUCAUAAUACCGCGUGGAGUUGACAACAUGGUGGCAAUAAACCUGAUUGUGCAGCAUAUUCAGGACAUCCUCAACGGUGACAUCUGCAAAUGGCAGAGGGGUUCUGUCAAUGGACACGCCCACGGGCGGAGUCUAAAGAGGGGCGUGGCCGAACACAGCGAGAACUCUAGCGGAGGCGGGAUUGUCCCAGUGAAACGCCCCCUACUGGAGCCCAGCACACGACCACAUUAACACACACGCGCAUGCACUAAAGAGAGUCAUACGAUCAAAAAACCUAAACGCUUGAAUUUUUCUGCAUGCUUCCAACACACAAUCUCUGUCAGGCUCAGAAUUUAAAGGAAUAUUUUUAAUUUUUUGGUGAACUAUUCCUUUAAGAAUGCCUUCUGCUUCUUAUCUGAGUCAUCUGACCCUUAGCGUGACCUUUAACCUGUAGUCACAUCUUUCUCAAAGAGGAACUGUGCUGUAUAUAUGAAAUAGUCCUACAUUACUUGUCAGAUGCUAAUCAGAUUCAUCUCUACUCAUAUGUUUAUAAUAACAGUCGGUACCUAUAAACAGGGUAAACUCAACACAAACAUUCCAGUCUGUAUUUCACUGCCUGAUCCGUCUCAUAAGGUUAUAAUUUCACCACUCUAAAACUGUUACUUACACCUAUAGAAUAAAAAAGUCAACUUGUUUUGUUACUAUUGUCAAGUAUAAUGGCGUUUUAAACACCUGAAAUAAAGUUUCAGUGCUGCCUUGUCUAGAUCAUAAACUCUUGUUUGGUCAGGAUAAGACAUGAAAUAGAUGAAGUAAAACACUUCUAGUGAAUUAUAGUGAUAGUUUAGUAUUUAAAAUAUUAAUCUCACUAUCACUGAUGUGACUUUUUAAUGUUCUGUAUAAUUUAUGUUGUUCACCUCUGUAAUUUGUUUAUAA